CGGCCAAUAGAGGGCGUGGCCAGCGCGGGUCACGUGCCUUUGUUUGGCGCUUUUGGGGAGCGGGCAGGGCAGUUAGAGACUGAGUCUGUGUGUAGCUGCUGCGGUGACAGGAGCAGUGCUCACUUGGAAUUCCUGUGGCAAAUUCUUAGCCAUGGCUUCUUCUGACAUUCAGGUGAAAGAACUAGAAAAACGUGCUUCUGGGCAGGCGUUUGAAUUGAUACUUGGUCCUCCUUCAAAAGAAGCUGUUCCAGAGUUUCCCCUCUCUCCUCCAAAGAAAAAAGAUCUCUCAUUGGAAGAAAUUCAAAGGAAGCUAGAAGCUGCUGAAGAAAGGCGCAAGUCCCAUGAAGCUGAAGUGUUGAAGCAACUAGCUGAAAAACGAGAGCAUGAAAAAGAAGUGCUGCAGAAGGCAAUUGAAGAGAAUAACAACUUCAGCAAAAUGGCAGAGGAAAAGUUGACCCACAAAAUGGAAGCUAACAAAGAGAACAGAGAAGCACAAAUGGCUGCUAAGCUGGAGCGCUUGAGAGAGAAAGACAAGCAUAUUGAAGAAGUACGGAAGAACAAAGAAGGAGGCAAAGAAUCUGGUGACAAUGAAAGUGACUGACUUAAACUGGAAACACUGUCUCCCCUUUGUCUAAAUAUCCAAAGACUGUAUUGGCCAGUGUUUUUGUUAAGUUUCUAGAAAACUGAUGUAGAGCUGUAUAGUUAGAUCCAACUGUACAUUUGCUUUGGGAAACUAGAGGGGAGCCCUUUCAUGUUCACUUUUUCUAAAAUGUUGUCUUUCCAGUGUAGCUAUCUUGUUGCAUUUCUUUUAUUCCAGUGCAUUUGUUCCUGGAUUGAUGGCUAGUGCUGUAUUCCGCUCUGAUAUUUUUGAACGGAAUAUGUAGUGUAAUGCUCAUGUUGAAUCUGUUACACUUCAGAAUCUGUCAGUCUGAAACAUAUUACUGUAACCAAGUGACUUAAUAAAAGCUGCACAGUGCUGUUA